AUGUAUGGGGUCAUUCUUAUUAGGGGUGGAGGAAUUCAUCGGUUUAAGCUUCAUUUGGCUGGAAAAGGAGGAGAUAUUGAGUCAUGUCGAAAGGUGCCAGCUGUAGUGAGACGCCGAUUCCAUCAAAGCAUUGAAGAGCUUCGAAGCAAGAAAAGAAAAACUCAAGAACAAUAUGCAAAAAGUUAUAAUGCUUUUGAUGAAGUUGAAAGAGAAUUUGACGAGAUCGAACGUAAUGAGAAACAGCAACAACAACAAAAAUCCGGAGUUCCAGCACCUAGCUCUAGAAAAGGAAAACAAGUCAAAGGAUUACAAUCCUAUUUUCCAUCAGCAACAACACCCAGAGCUCAACCAACUAUCAAAAACGUUCUUCAAAGCAAAAAAAUUGUGGAGAAGUGUGAUAUUGCUAUUGCGAAAUGGAUGAUGGAUGCCUUUGUUCCAUUUAAUGCGAUUAAUUCAGCUUAUUAUCAGCCAAUGAUUGAUGCUAUUGCAAGCAUGGGUGCAGGGUAUAAAGGGCUAAAUUAUCCAAGAGUCUGUGGGUAUUUGUUGAGUAAAUUGGUUGAGGAUGUGAGGAAAAUAAUUGAUGGUUAUCGUGAGAUUUGGAAACAAACUGGAUUUUAUUGUCCUAAAGGAACUAUUUUUCUAAAGUCAGUUGAUGCUUUUAAUGUCUCAAAAACUGCUGAUGCUUUGUUUAAGUUGUUUAGGGAUGCUGUAUUAUUUGUUGGUCUUGAGAAUGUUGUGCAUAUUGUAACAGAGAAUGCUGCAAACUAUGUUGCUGCGGAAAGGUUGUUGGAGGCUGAGUUUCCUAAAUUGUAUUGGUCUCCUUGUGCAGCUCAUUCUGUUAAUCUGAUGUUUCAAGAUAUUGGAAAGUUACAAGAAGUGAGUGAAACUGUAUCACAAGCUUCAAUAAUCACCAAGUAUAUCUAUAAUCAUUGCUAUCCGCUGUUUUUGAUGAGAAAGUUUACAGGUCGGCGGGAAAUACUUCAUCCGGCUCCAACUCAAUUUGCCACUAUUUUCAUUGCUUUGUUAAGUAUUUUGGCUCAAAAGGAUCCUUUGAGAGCUAUGGUGACCUCUAAAGAAUGGACAAGCUCAACUUACUCCAAAGAAGCCAAAGCUAAGAUAUUUGUGGAUCAAGUCUUGGAUUCUGAAUUUUGGAGUCAAUGCACUGAUAUUGUUAAGCUUACUGAGCCACUUGUUCGUGUUUUACGUAUUGUGGAUAAUGAAGACAGAGAUGCCAUGGAUUUUCUUUAUCAAGCAAUUUAUAAGGCUAAAGAAGAAAUGGUGAAGAGGUUUCAAAAAAGAAAGAAGGUUGCUGAUCCUUAUUUGAAGAUUUUAGAUACCCGUUGGGAUGCACAACUUAAGAAAAAUCUUCAUGCCGCUGGUUAUUGGUUAAAUCGAGCUUUUCGAUUUAAUGCUGAAGAAUUUGAAAAGCACAGGCAAACGACUCCUGGCUUGUUUGAUGUCAUUGACAAAUAUGCUUAUGGUGAUCCUAAUUUGAAUUCUAAGCUGACAAGUGAGAUGAGGAUCUUUAAGAAUGCUGAACAAAAUUUGGGAAGACUGUCUGCAAUCCGUGAACGAAACACUGUUAUGCCAGAUCAAUGGUGGGAAUCUUAUGGUUGUGGAGCGCCAAAUUUGCAAAAAGUUGAUGAUUCGUAUUUUAAGGAAAACUUGUAG